AUGGAUCUAAGUUUUUUAAAAGCUGAAAUUGAGAAAAAACGUAAAAAUGUUGAAUCCUUAAAUAUUUUAUUACCAGAAAAACGUUGUUUUCGACGCAGUGAUUUAGAAGCAAAAAAUGAAGAAAUAUACUGGAAAAAUUAUUACUCGAAAAAUAAUGUUGAUUCUGUAAAAACAUCGUCAACAUCUUCUACCACCUCAUCAAGCACAAAUGAAGUAUCGUCAUCGAUGAAUAGUCAUUCUCUAAAUACGGAGGAACCAGCGUCAACUGAAAAACAAUUACCACCUCGUUCAGAUAUCAUUAAAAAAUUUCGUGAACGUAAUCAACCAAUACGUCUCUUUGGUGAAUCAGAUAUCGAUUCGUACAAACGUUUACGUCUAUUAGAAACAAUGGAACCUGAAUUAAAAGGACAACGAAACGAUUUCAAAGCAGCUAUGGAUAAAAUUGAUCGAGAAUACUUAUCAUUAAUUUUACAUGCCAAUCAUCCAACAUCUUCGUCAUCAGACACGACAGUUGAUGAUAAAUCUUUGGAAGCAAAUGGAACACCAACAGUAAUCACAGUCGAAGUGAAAGAUGAAGGUUUUGAUUUACCAGAUAUUAUUGAACAAAUUAAAACUACACGAAAAGGUAAUCGAGCGUACGAUUGCCAAGUGAUAUUAAAUUAUUUUAAAUUUUUAUUGAAAAAGUGGGCACAAGAAUUGAAUGCACGUGAUAUUGAUGAAAAGAAAACAAUUCAAGGAAAAAUAGAAACAGCGUUACAUACACAAACAUUGGGAUAUAUGAAACCAUUAUUUCGAAAAUUAAAAUCAAAUACUCUACAAGAUGAUAUUCUAGAAGCAUUAAUUAAUAUUGUCAAUUGUGUCUUAAGACGUAAUUAUAUACGUGCGAAUGAAUAUUUUCUUGAAAUGGCUAUUGGUAAUGCACCAUGGCCAUUGGGUGCUACAAUGGUGGGUAUUCAUCCGCGUCCUGGUCGUGAGAAAAUUGCUUCGAAAUAUGUUGCACAUGUAUUAAACGAUGAAACACAGCGAAAAUAUAUUCAAGCUGUUAAACGUUUGAUAAGUAAAGCACAAAAAUUAUAUCCAACAAUACCGAGUCAAUGUGUUGAUUAUGGUUUGAAAAAGGAAAAUGUAACAAUCGUGCCAAGUGGAAAAAACUAA